AAAAAAAAAAAAAAAAAAAAAAAAAUCCUUCUCAAGUCAACCUAAGAAGGCCCAGACUUGCAAGUUUAGUGUCUCCAGAAUCUCCAGCUUGUCUCACUCCAUACACGAUUUCAAGUCACAACGAUAGGCAAUCAACCACUGAACAAGAUGCGAUUCAUUGCCUCAGUUGCGUCGGCGAUGCUGCUCCUUGCGAGCAGCAUUCAUGCCCACUUCACCGUCCAGCAUCCUCAGGCUGUCGGUGAAUUCAAGGACGAGGAUGAAAACUCCGCUCCGUGUGGUGGUUACAACCCUCGCAUUUCCGAUAUUCCAAUCACUGAUUUCCAUGUUGACGGUGAUGCCAUCGCCACUACUUUCACCCACUCUACUGGCGAGUGGCUUUACCGCAUGACCACGGAUCCCGAGCUGAAGAGUAACUGGACUCAGAUCUACCCAAUCUUCACCCAGAAUGGUGGUGGCCAGUACUGCAGUCCUCAUGUUACUAUUUCGCACGAAUUCAUUGGCCAAAAGGUUAUUAUCGGAAUCACUGCUCAUGCAGAGGACGGCUUUUUGUACCAGUGCUCUGGUGUCCACUUCGUUGAGGGAACUGGUAUCCAGCCCAGCGAUUGCAAGAAUUCAUCCGGCGUCACAUCUGAGUGGACUCCUGACUCAAUCUUGACUUCCCAGCUCGGCCAUCCUUCUGACACUCCACCUUCGGCGCGUACUCCUAGUGUCGGUGCUUCGAGUAAGGGCGAGGUAUCCAAAGGCUUAGGUGUCAUGGCCAUAGUCGGCACCAUGGGAGUUGUAGUAGCCAUUAUGAUGGUUUAAGGUCCAAAAAGAAUACAUUGAACAAUAGUUUGGUAUUCAUAUUUGUUACCUGACUACAAUUGGGGCGGGUUGUCUAUGCAUCACGCAACAAAAGGAGGCGUUCAACUUUUACGAUAUGGCUAAUAUUUCCAUAAUGGCUGGGCGAUUUCUCUCAGAAACAAGGAGCCAGACUGGAACUGCCAGGGCUUGAUUUCGUUUCUUUCUUCUAACCUUGUUAUAAUUAGCACCGGGUAGAUACUAAGAAUGAACUUGAACGCUGUUUUCACAUAAUCGAUGAUGCUUUGUUACUCAUCUCACAAGGAUGAGAGACUACCUACAUAGGCACCAUGUAUAAUUACACCAGAACAGAAAUUGGCAAUUAUUGAAAUAA